AUGGUGUUCGAAUCGGUUGUCGUCGAUGUUCUCAACCGAUUCCUCGGCUCAUACGUCGAGAAUCUCGACCCUUCACAGCUAAAAAUCGGCAUAUUCGGCGGCGAUGUCGAUCUUAAAGACCUGAUCAUCAAGCCGUCGGCAUUGGACGACCUCAAUUUGCCGUUCCAGGUGACCUACGGCUUCAUAAAAAAACUCACACUCAAGAUACCAUGGAAGGAUCUCUACGGAGCUCCUGUGGUCGCGUCCAUCGACGGCGUGUACGCCGUCAUUGUUCCCUCGACUUCGACGAAAUACGACGAGCAGAAAGAAUUCAGGGCCAGUCAAGAUGCGAAACAGAAAGCUCUGAUGAGAGUAGAAGAACUCAGAGCCAAAGAGCUCGAAUUGAAGAAUCCGUCAAAGAAGCCAGAGAAGGAGGAUACGCUUGUCGAGAAAAUUGUCGCUCAGGUUGUAAAAAACGUUCAAGUGAAAAUCGCGAAUAUCCACUGCCGAUAUGAGGACUCGUUCACGGAUCCAGCGAGACCUUUCUCUUUCGGCUUCACUCUGAGCAAACUCAACUUCGAGACGACCGACGAAAACUGGAAACCCCAGAUGGUCGACAGAAACGUGCAUAUCUUCCGGAAACUGGUUUUCCUGGACAGCUUCUCAUUUUACUGGAACCCGAAAGUUCGUCUAAUCUCGCAUCUCAGUUCACGGGAAAUCAUGUCGGAGUUGAUAGAUUCGAUAGCGCGCGAAAACUUCAAGCCCCCCGGGAUCAACUACUUGGUGGCACCAAUAACGUCGACGGUUCGAAUGCGGAUAAACCAAAAGCCGGAGCGAGAAUAUUACGAGAUGCCAUCGAUCACAAUCGAUAUAACCAUUGAAGACAUCUCGAUGAAAAUCUCCAAAAAUCAGUACCACGAUAUCAUGGCUCUCAUGGAUUCGAUGAAUCGUAUGUGGUUGGCUGAUAAAUAUCGGAAACACCGUCCUGCCGUGCCGCUCCAGAGCAACGCAAAGCAAUGGUGGAAGUUCGCCUUCACCUCGAUUCUGGAAGAACAGGUUCGACCUCGACGACAGCAGUGGAACAAGGAUUUCCUUCUGGAACACAUUCGGAAGGUGAAGGAAUACAAAACCGAGUACGCGAAUAAACUCACGAAACAGAAGGAAUCAGAUCGACUGAAAAAACUCGAAGAGGAGCUCGAUUUGUUCAACAUCAUUCUUGCUCGGAGGCAAGCUGAAGUGGAAAUCGCGAAGCAACCGAAGAUCGAAGCUAAGAAGGGCUGGCUUGGCGGCUGGUGGGGAGGAGGAAGCGAAAAAGCCGCGAAUCCGAUCGUGAAGAACUUCCAGAAAGAAAUGACGGCCGAUGAGAAAGCAAAACUCUACGCCGCAAUAGACUACAACGAGAACCAGGUCCCUGCAGACUUCCCCAUCACUUUCGUUGACAAGAAACUGAACUUCCUCCUGAAAACCCUUUCCAUCAACAUAGACGACGACAGCACUAAGAACGUCGAAACAGUCUUAAAAACCACCCUCAAGGAGGUGUCUUCUUCCAUCGACAUGCGUCCGAAGGGAGAAGCGAUGAAAAUCGGCGCAAAAAUCGAGGGUUUCCAUAUCGAAGGUUUCCCGAAAACUGAAAUCAAGAGGCGAACGCUCCUCACAUCCGACAAAAACGCCGGGACUGAGAAAGCGACGCAGCACCUUUUGGACGUGACGUUCGAAACCAAUCCUCUGGAGGGAGGUUGCGAUCAGAGAAUACGAGUCAAUGCGGAGCCCGUUGAAAUCUUCUAUGACGUUCGAUCUGUUGAAGCCGUUGUCGACGUGUUCCGUCCGCCAGACACUGUUUCGCUCGACAACAUCCAGAACACCGCUGUGUCGAGCUUCAGAAACUUCAAGUCGAUGUCUGCGACAGGGCUACAACACGCAAUCGACAACAAGCCCUCGCUGGACAUUUUGGUCACAGUGAAACCGUCGUACAUUCUCAUAUUCGAGGACGGAAAAAUAGAUGAUAACAAGAACGUGCUAGUGUUCAGCAUGGGUCAGCUGUCCGUGAAGAGUAAGCCUCGGAACAAGGAUGCCCCCACAGUGAAGGACAUGUUCGAAGCAGGAACCGGGGAAAAAGAAGUCCUCGAGGCGCUCUUCAACGAGGCGUACGAUAAAAUGCAGUUCCACCUGAGCGCCGCUGAACUCAUGAUCGUUCCUGGCUGCGAGGCGUGGAGGGAAUGCGUGAAGUCGGCGAAGAAAUCUUCGAACAUCCAUAUACUCCAGCCGACAGAUCUAUACAUCAAUGUCGACAUCUGUUUCCUACCGAACGAGAAGAGAAUACCAAAAAUGAAGAUUUCCGGCAAAUUGCCAUGUUUGGAGAUUGAUCUCUCCGACGAGACGUUGAUCAAGGUCCUGAAAAUCCUGGAGACGAUGGGCGGUCAAUCGCCUCCCCAAUCCAAGAUAAAAGAGAUGGGCCAGAGUACGGCAGUAGAAGAGGUCAAUAUCGGCACUGCCCCGGCGGCCAGCCAAGCAGCGCUCAUCAAGGAUCGGGACGCCGAGAAUAUCGCCAACCUCACCCGAGACAAGGAUAAGGAUGAACUUCGUAUGAAUCAGGCCGACAUUUACGAUGCGGUAUUUGUCGACCUUGCCUUCGAGAUCAGCAAGUUCCUCGUCAGGGUGCAACAGUCGAAGGUGGAGAACGGCAGAAGCGUCGCGAAUCCUCUUCUCGUAUUCGCUACGAACGAGUUGAGGGUUUCUCUCCUCAUGCACCUCGCCGAUAUGUUCUGUGAAGUCACGCUCAAGGAUACGGUCCUCACCCAUCUCGCGUACACAUUGCCGGACGCCGAGAAUCCCCUCAAAGUACUGGAGAGCAGCGUCGAUCCCGGGACGGGAUAUAUGCUGAAAUUAUCGUACACCCAGGUCGAGCCGAAACAUCCCGAUUUCCGCACUCGCUUCAAUAGCACUCUGGCUGCGGUGAAAUGCAAAGUGGGCGAGAUGACUUUUGCACUCCAUCAGGAAGCGAUCAAGUCGCUAAUUGAAUUCUCCACCAACCUCACCGAUCAGCUGAGCGGCGACUCAGCGAAAGCGUCCGCUUCGUCAACGCUGCCGGUGACUGCCGAAAGAUCUCAGACGGCAGGAGCCGUCGCGGCUACGGCAUCGCCGAGUCCCAACCCGAUGGCGUUGAUGAAAAAAGCUUCGAAGAAGCCUCUAGUCACUCAAUUCAGCGCUCAUGCCUCACUGGCCGCUCUGAAAAUCAUUCUGUGUCGGUCUCGCCGUUUACUGGCUCAGAUGGACGUCACCGGUGUAGAGGCGGGAGUCGAACAGACCAAAAGGAGUAUGACAUCUCAUGUCGUCCUCAGAGACAUCAGCAUGAUCGAUCCGAACGAGGGAUCCAAGCACCCCCAGAUUAUAUCCAUCACCGGGGACGAGGUCCUCAACUUGAAGAUCUCCCAGUUCGAAGAAAGCGGGGCCGAAGGCUACACCAAAAUGGAUAAAGUGGACAUGAUGGUCGACGCCACGAUCGGGAGAAUGCACUUUGUUUUCCUCUGGAAGUUCUCCCUCGACCUCAUGUCUUUCUUCGACGCGUUCCAAGCUGCCAAGGAUAAAGUCGCCGACGCGACAGCAGCCGCCGCAGCGGCGGCCAAGGGGGCCGCCGAAAUGGCCUACGAAAAAGCGUACAAGAUGGCUCUCAACGUGAUCAUCAAGGCUCCGGUGAUCUACGUUCCGCAGAGCUCGUUCUCUCAAAGAUGUCUAGUCAUGGACUUCGGAGUUCUGAGUAUCGGAAACACUUUCCAACCUGGACCCUCGACGCCCGCCAACAGCGUUCCUGUUCUAUACGAAAAUACGAAAAUCAGCAUCGACAAUCUUAUGAUGUAUCGCUGUGAUUUAAAGCCGCUCAAGCGCGACCCCGUGGAGAAUACUCAGUUUUCCAUCAUGGACCCGGUGUCGUUCGGGCUCGAGGUUCAGAGAAAUCUCACGGCCGCGGCCCACAAAGAGCUCCCGGAACUACGAAUGAAAGGGACCGUCACGUCCGUCAACCUGAAGGUCGGCGAGGACGACUACGCCGCGCUGAUGAAGACACUCAGUGAGAACUUCGCCGAAAGCCCGCCGGGCUAUUCGGCCCCCGCUGAUCCCCACGCUUCAGUGGAUCAAGCGUCUCAAGUACAGGCUCCGACUGGAGGCAAACCCAGUGGAGCGGUCGCCGUAAGCAAUAAAGAAGUCGUCACGGUGGAGCGCCACCGUCAAACGAGAGGGGCCGAGGAAGACGAGGAGAAGCUCGCGCGAAUGGAAAUAUUUUUCACGCUCCAGGAGAUCAAGCUCGAACUGUUCACCAGACGCACCGCUGAGAAAUGCAGCGAGCUAUGUGCCCUAAAUAUCGCAGGGUUCAAACUCUGUGGGAUAUUCUACCACGACGACUCGUACUGGGUGAACAUGUUCCUCGUUAAUCUGCUGCUCGACGAUGAGCGAGCGUGCCGACGCGACGGUAUACGUCGGCUGAUAUCGAAAGUUGAGGAAAGCGAGAAAAUGAUCGACAUCAUCUAUCAGGCAGAGAACACGGGCGCAUUCGCUGCCAUUGUUAACGUUUCAAAAAUGCGUUUCGUCUAUAGCGCGUCGCUCAACAUGGCGCUGCUCGAUUUGCUCAAUCAAGCGAACGUCAACGCUGAGAACCAGUUGGAGAAAGAACGCGAACUGUCGGAGAAAAGGACUACGGGUCAAUCUGUCCUGACAAGCACUGCCGCCGCUCAGGCGGCCGCAGCACCUGCCGCACCGAAUAAAACUGUACCUUUCACUCUGAUUCUCCAGAUCGUUCAACCCGACGUCGUUCUGGUUGCCGACCUGGAGAAUCCUUCCUCGGCGUGCAUUAUUUUCAAGAGCUCAGUCAACAUUCGGGUGAAACAGGACGAGAACAAGAUGAACACCAGGCUACAACUGCACGAUAUUGAGAUGUUCGUCUCGUCGCUUGACUCGACUGGGGCUCGCUCGGAAAUCCUGCGUCGUUGCGACAUCGUCGUAGAAAUGGAUCAGGAUUCAAAGUCACAAAACGCCAAGAUCGAUGUAACCCCCAUCGAAAUCCACAUGACGCCCUCCGCUGUGGAGAUUGUCAGCGCGAGCUUGAGCGCACUCAGCCCCGCACCUGUGAACGCCAGUCUAGAUGAUGUCCCGGAUUUCUUUGAUCCGACCAAGAUCUGGGUGCCGCAGAGGUUCGAUAAUCUCAACUUGUGGUUCACCAAGAAAGAUGCGACGCGGAGCAACAUCGAAAAAGCUAAGGAGGCUGUUGAAAUCCCAGCGGGCGCAGGGGACGAUUCAGCGGGAGCUGUUUUGUCCCAGGAAGCUUCUUUCUCCAUGGAACAAAUCUUGAUCACCAUCGAGCAGGGCUCCGGCGCUCAGACCAUGCCGAUGCUCCUCGUGAGCUCUAGCCUAAAAGGUGAUGCUCGCAAUUGGGCGUCUCAGUUGGAACUAGACAGCGUCCUCAACUGUUCGGUGUCGUAUUAUAACGAAAGGUAUGCCGUUUGGGAACCGAUGCUCGAGUCGGUAGAGACUGUGAGCGGUGCGAGGAAACCCUGGGAGACCACCAUGGAAGUGCGAGCUGCGCCGCCGACUGACCGCGAAGAUGGAAUAUCCGCGCUGGACUUGGACUCCAAGUUCAAGGUCGUCAUGAAGUGCUCUGAUAACCUCGAGUUCACAGUCACGAAAACCGCCCUGCAGGUAUUGCAGUCGCUAGGUCAGGAGUUCUCGCAAGCUCUCCAGAAGAAGCAGGACAUGGUCGACUCCCGGAAAGUAGACGCGCCCUAUUGCGUCAAGAACUCUCUCGGCAUGCCUCUUACCUUGAAUGUCGAGGAUUCGAACUUUAUGAUCAUCACCACGGAAGAUGAGGCCGCUGUGAUCGAGCAUGGGAAGAAACUCCAUCUGGACUUCCGAAACCGAUCCACUGUGGUGUCUUUCUCCGCCGAACCGACGAAAGAUGUCAACGAAGCCAAAGAAGACAAAUUGUUCUUCAAUGCACAAAUGAACUUCGGCAACAUCAGCUCCGAUCGGAAACUCAACGUCAACCACACGGCGAAACGAGUGUUCCGAGUUCCUUUCAGAUCCUAUCCCGGCGACGACUGGUCGUUCGUGGUCGACGUGAAGUCGCACUACGGCUCCAGACUCGUGACUCUCUGCUCCAUUGUCAAUGUUUACAACGCUUUCUCCGUCCCGAUGGACGUUUACUAUCGGAGAAAGGACGAGUUGGAAAAAUGCGCCUCGGUUCCCCCCAAAUCCCUGAGUCACAUACCGCUGGUGGCCUUGUACACUCGGACGAACGAACUCCUGUUCAAACCGGCUGGCGAUCGCUAUCAAAUGGCAGAAGAGGGUUUCCAGUGGAAAAAAGAGGGUCGCUCGGAUCGUCUCAUCGUAUGCAAGGCGACGAACCCGAGCAAAGCCUCCUUAUUCAUGAACAUCAUCACGUCCGUUGAGCAGCUGCCGUACGACGAUAGCCCGACCGAGAAGUGUGCGGUCUACACCCUGAGACUGGCGCCCACUGUGAUAGUCAACAACCUGUUACCCUUGAUGGUGGAUAUAAACUCCAAGGAGAGCAAUGUCCACUUUGAGCUGAACAGCGGCGGCGAAAUCGAGCUCUGGAACUCGAAACCGACUCAGAGCGUCCUCAAUAUACGGCUCGACUACGCCGGGGUGAACUGGCACUGCGCGAAAGUUUUGGACGAUGAAAUCGAAGAGCUGUCGGCGAUCACUCUGAAGGACUCAAACAACGCUGAACACGUCUUGGAUUUGGCGAUGCAUUGCGAGACCAAAGAAGGAAGCAAAGUCUUGUCGAUCCACUGCCCGUUCUGGAUGGUGAACAAGACUCAGACCGAUCUCUAUUACAAGAAAGGGAAACGCUCGAAGGCUGACUCCGCUCCUGUAGGCCCCAAGCCCAGAAGACAAAUAGCAGAAUCAUCGACGAAAUCGAAAUGCUGUUCGUGUUUCAAUGGCUCCCAGCCGAAUGAGGGGUUGGAGGAUAGCGUCCGACACGCACAAGACGAUGAAGAGCCCCUGCUGUUCACUUUCGGGGCGAAGAACAUGUUCGCGCCGAAGAAGAAAGUCUGUGUCCGAAUUUUCGACUCCGACUGGUCUUCGAAAACGCCUAUGGAUGCCGUCGGUCAGUCCGGGACGGUCAUGGCUAAAAGCUCGAAGACGGACCAGAUCUAUCCGUUGAGUGUUCACAUCGCGCUCAGCUCGACUACCCUGACGAGGAUCGUGACGUUCACGCCUUUCUACAUGGUGACCAAUAAUUCUAAAUUCGGCGCUAUUGAAAUCCGGGAGAACAGCCCCAAUGCCGAAUGGAUCCUCGUAGAGCAGAACAAAUGCGUUCCACUGUGGCCGAUGGCUGUGGCCAAGAUAGAACUGAUCGCGCGAUAUGCUGGAUCGACCGAAAUAACGGUGCCGUUCGGUUUGAAAGAAUCCAGUCUGGUGCUCCUGAGACUCGACAACAAGUACGCCGGAAUUUACAUGUCGUGCCAAGUGGAAGAGAGCGCCACGGUAGUAUCGUUCACGGAGUACGAGCAGGGCCUGUCGGCUGUGUUCCUCGUCAACGACACCGACGAGAACGUCUACUUGCGUCAAGAGUUCAACGGUUCGUCCUCGCGAUGUGUACAGGUCGGCCAGUCCGUCCACUACGCAUGGGAAGAUCCCCGAGAGAACAGACAGCUGGUGUGCUGGGUUUACGACAACGACGUUUGCAAAGUCGGCCCACUGACGGACGCAAGUGGUCAAAUCAAACUACCUCAGGAUAAGUUCAUAUUCUGGGCCUCGUUCCUGGACGGCAAGCAGCGAGUCCUCUACUUCAGUAAGGAUUCAGAGCACAUGGUCCGAGUGGAGAAGGUCGGACAGCUCGAGAGGUGUAACACGGAAUUCGACCUCGAAUACCGAGGUAUCGGUAUUUCCCUCGUUGAUGAUGAACCGAAAAGAAGAGAAAUUCUUUACGUCUCCGUAUCCGGCUCGGGCGUGCAAUGGCUCUCGCGCAGCAAGCACAAACCCAAGUACAAGCCGAUCAACGCAGAACUCAACUCUCAGGUUGAGGCCGAAUAUCAGAAAUAUCUGAACAUCGCAAAGGCCAUUGGACCCGCCAACACCCAGAGUACUCCAAUGGGAAAAUACAGAUUGGAUUUCAAUCGCAUGCAGUUGACGACUCAUGAAACCAAGAAUAUCCGACGAUCAUGCGAACCCGGUUUAUGGCUGAGGAUGAAACUCAUGGACACCCAAACAGCGGUUCAUUUGAAAGUUCAUCGCAUCCAGAUCGAUAACCAAAUCCGAGACUGCCAGUUCCCGGUGGUUCUUUCACCGAUUGUCUACAAGAAAACGAUCGGCGAGCAAAAGAUCCCCAAACCAUUCAUCGAGCUCUCGGUGAUCAUGCGACAGUUCCCCGGCGCCUCGCUGCGUCAGAUAAAGUACUGCAAGAUGUUAGUGCAGGAAUUCGCCAUCCGCGUCGAUAUGUGUUUCAUAAAUUCGCUCUUGGCGUUCGUAACGUUGUCGGCGAAGAAAACCACCUAUGCCGAGCUCAUGGAGCGUGACGUCAGCGUGGCGAGGACCUCUCUGAGAGAGAUCGCGUCCGUCCAUGCCGUUCAGGGACAACGCGAUUAUAUUGACUAUAUGCAUCUCAGUCCAAUGAAGAUUCACCUGUCGUUCUCGAUGUACGCCGGUGGAUCGGCACCUCCUCCUCCGGAAGGAGCUUUCAGUGGGGUCAAGCUGCUGCUGCAGAGUUUCGGAGUGACCUUGACCGACAUCCAAGGUGCCGUGUUGAAACUGGAUUAUUUCGAGCGGAGCAACGAUUUCCUCACCAUGAACCAACUGUCUGGAGACGUUGCAUCGCACUACAAGAAGCAGGCUCUCAAGCAAAUAUACGUCGUCAUUCUGGGACUCGACGUCAUCGGGAAUCCGGUCGGUCUCGUCAUGGGAAUCUCAGCCGGUGUCGGGGAUCUGUUCUACGAGCCAUUCCAGGGAGCCAUCCAAGGUCCUGAAGAAUUCGUCGCAGGUUUGGCCCAAGGUGUCGCAAGUCUGAUAGGGCAUACGGUCGGCGGAGCUGCCGACGCCAUGGGGAAGAUCACGGGCGCACUCGGCAAAGGCGUGGCCGCCCUCACAAUGGAUGAGGAUUAUCAGAAGAAGAGGCGUAUGGAGAGGAACAAGCGACCACAAGACAUCACCGAAGGUAUCGCCCAGAGCGGAAAGGAUCUCGUCAUGGGAUUCUAUGACGGAGUGACUGGCGUCGUCACCAAACCUCUUGAAGGCGCUCGAGAAGAUGGCAUCGGGGGCUUCAUGAAAGGAAUGGGCAAAGGUCUCAUCGGGAUAGUGGCUAGACCUGCGUCUGGAGUUGUCGAUUUCGCAAGCGGGACAUUUGCUUCCGUGAAACGGGCGACAGAGCUUGAAGAAGUAGCUCUUCCUGUCCGACCACCCCGUCUCGUGCGCGAUAACGGCAUUGUUCAACCGUACAAUCGCAUGGAAGCGGAAGGUCAUCAGCUUUUGCAGGAAGUAGAAAAUGGGAAAUACGCGGCAACCGACGCCUACUUCACCCAUCUGAGCGUGUGUAGCGACGGAAGGAACUUCGUCAUCAUCACAUCCCAUCGGAUCCUGUUUGUCGAAAAGGGCGACAUCUUCGGUCAUUGGAAAUGCGAAUGGGAAUACAUGUGGGAGCAGAUCAGGCCGCCCAUGGCUUGCUCGGAAGGAGUUAAAGUGCUACUUAAGGAACCCAAACGGAAGAACAUGUUCCAACAGAGGGAGAACGGGAAGAUUAUCAGCAUACCGGAUCGCCAGAUGGCGGAGUGGCUCUGUCAGCAAAUCAAUCGUGCGAUGAAGAAGAACGGCUGA